GACCCCGUUCGGUUAAUAAGAAAGAUUCGGGGAUAGAAAUAGGAGUCCAGAGACCGAGAGAUAUGGCGUCAAUUCGAACAAAUAGCCUCAUACGUUCUUCAUCUUCUCAAAACCCUAGUUUGAAUCUUAAUCCCCAUCAUCAUCAUCUAAUAUCCUCUAGUUCUUCUUCAUUUCAAUUUCCCCCAAAUCCUUUCUCCUCUUCACUUCGCCUCACUCUAUCAAAAACUGAAACAAAAAUCAACAGAAGGUUAGGGUUUUACAAAAACCCUCCUCCCAUUUCUUCUUCAUUUAACCAAGAUAAUCAAACACAGUAUCCUAAACCUACUGAAAUCCCAUGGAGUAAAGAACUUGCAAACACUGUUCAUCUUAUUGGUAACGUUGGUAAUCCGGUUCAAAUCAAGUACCUUGAUUCUGGUAAAGUUCUUGCUUGGACUAGUCUUGCUGUCAGGAGAUCUCCCACUGAAACUACCUGGUUUAAUUUGACAUUCUGGAAUGAAUUAGCACAUAUUGCAAAUCAACAUGUAGAGAAAGGGCAGCGGUUAUAUGUUACUGGAAAUAUUGUAUCAAAUACUGUUGAUAAAGAUGAUGGAAGUAAACAGACUUACUAUAAGGUGGUUGUUCGAGAGUUGAAUUUUGUUGAGAAAAUCGUCACUCCAGGAAAUUCUUCGUCUUAUGAGCGAGAACCAAGUCCUGUGAUAACAGCUGGACAGGGUGGAAAUUAUGCUGGUAAGAGUGGGACUUCAACACAAGAGCUUUGGCAAGCCUUCUUUGCAAACCCUGUUGACUGGUGGGAUAACAGGAAAAACAAGAGGACUCCCAAGCAUCCAGACUUCAAACAUAAGCAUACUGGAGAAGCAUUAUGGGUUGACGCUAAGUACAACCCACCAUGGGUAAAGUCUCAAUUGGCAAUACUGGACACCACAAUGGCCUCACAUCGUACUAACGAAGAUAACAGUGUUAGAUAUAUGUCCAGUGACGAGUUGACACUUUUCUAGUUGUUGCUUUAACAAAUUCUUGUAUGUUAAGAAUCGGCUCAUCAGCCCAUCGCCAGCUUUUUAGAAAAAAAGAUCUUUAGGGUGGUUUAGUGUAUCUGCAUUCAUGUUCUAAAUUGUUCAAUAUUUAUCUAGCUCACGUAAAACUCUGCUUCUGUUCAGUUACACCUUUAAUGUUCUCGGAUUUUCUCUAAUAUAUCAUAAUUUUUAUC